AUGGUAGUCUUGAUGGAACCGUUUCAGACCUUUGUUAAAGCUCCAAGAUACAUGCGGGCUUUUCGUUUUGAUCAUGUUAUCUCUAAUGAAGCGUUAGGUGGGAAAAUCUGGAUUUUCUGGAUGAAUGAUAUGGAUGUUCAAGUCACCCGUAUGAGUUCGCAGUUUAUUUCCUUACGUAUAGCGGAGGGUCCCUUCCAUUUUCUGGGCUGUUUUAUUUACGCCAAAUGCAAUAUGAUGGAGAGACGAAAUUUAUGGGAAGAGCUACGUUUGUCUAGCACUGGUACAGAGCCUUGUUUGUUCGCCGGUGACUUUAAUAUUAUUCGGUCUGAGUUGGAACGGAAGGGAGGUUUCUCCAAAAGUUGGGCUAAAUUGGACCGGGUGCUCAUUGAUCCUAACCUUCUUACUAAAUGUCCCAACGUGACUUGCUCGUAUCUGCCGAGGACCACUUCCGAUCACUGUCCUAUGUACAUAGAGUUUCGUAAGGAUCCUUUUUCCUAUGGCCCCUCUCCAUUUCGAUUCCAGCAAAUGUGGGUGGAACAUCCCGACUUUAUGGAUUUUGUUCAGAAUGUUUGGGCUGCUCCUGCUGUUGGUACAGGUCUGUUAAAUCUUGCUAAUAAAUUUAAGAAGCUAAAAGUGGCUUUUCGGGAAUGGAACAAGACAGUUUUUGGGAGGAAAAAUGUUCAGAUUGAUGCCCUUGAAAAGAAAGUUGAGGAACUUGAGGGUAGUCUUCAAAGGGUUUGGAAUGAAGAUGUCGAAAGAGAGCUUGUUUCUUCCAGUGUUGAGUUGUCAUCUUGGAGGCGUCGAGAAGAUACUAGAUUGGCUCAAAUGGCUAAGCUAAAGUGGAAAAUGGAAGGAGACCGAAACACAAAAUUUUUUCAUGUUUGUUUAGCUAGUAAAAGGAACAAGAGAAUUCAAGAGAUGAGAACGUUGAAUGGGGUAGAGUAUUCUUCACCAGAAGACAUUCAUCAAGGUGCCAUUAAUUAUUUUUCUGGUUUUCUUCAAAAUACCAACCAGUCAAGAGAGCUUCCGGAUUUAUCUUACUUAAUAUCCCCGGUUAUUGAUGAAGCGGAUAGUACCCAUAUCUGUCGCAUUCCUUCUCUGGAUGAAGUUCAUGAGGCUCUUUCUUCUAUUCCUAUAAAUAGUUCACCAGGGCUAGAUGGUUUUGGUGCGGGUUUCUUUAAAAGCUGCUGGGAGGUGGUGAAGAUGGAUGUCUUGUCUGCUAUUUCAGAAUUUUUUAUCUCUAAAUCUCUUCCGAGGUUCUAUACGGCUUCUUUUAUUGUGCUCAUUCCGAAGAUGGGUGUGCCUACAGGGUUCGACAAAUUUAGGCCGAUCAGUCUUUGUUCGGUUUUCUAUAAAAUAUGCUCCAAAAUUAUUGUUAAUCGUCUUACUGGCCUUCUUCCCAAGAUGAUUUCUCUUGAGCAAGGCACUUUUAUUCCUGGGCGUAGUAUUUUUGAAAAUAUCAGUCUUACUCAGGAAAUGGUCCAUUCUCUUAACAAGCAAUCUCAUGGUGGUAAUAUCAUGCUCAAAGUUGAUAUGGCCAAAGCGUAUGAUCGAGUGGAUUGGAAUUUUUUGUUGGGGGUGCUUCGUUGUUUUGGUUUUCCUCCUUCUUUUUGUGAUUUAAUUCAUGCUUGUAUUUCCAAUAUUUGGUAUUCUGUGAUGCUUAAUGGUACGACAAAAGGUUUCUUUCAAGGGGGUCGUGGUCUUCGUCAGGGGGAUCCUCUCUCUCCUUAUCUUUUUAUUAUUCUUCAAGAGGUCCUUUCGAGACUCUUGAAAAAUAGUGUGGUAGAAAAAAGGAUUGGUCAAUUUUCUCAAGCUCGAGGUACUCCCCAGAUUUCUCAUCUUAUGUAUGCUGAUGACAUUGUGAUUUUUUUGAAUGGCAGCAAGAAUUCUAUUAGGGAGCUAUUAUGGGUUUUUGAGAAGUAUGAAAAUUGGUCAGGGCAGAUGAUCAAUAAAGAUAAAACUUCUAUGUUCUUUUCUCGAAAAAUCUCGCCGGCCUGUAAGAGAGCUCUCAAGCGGAUGACAGGGUUUUCAGAAGGAUCUUUUCCCUUUAAGUACUUAGGAGUUCCUAUUGUUCCCAAAUCUAUUAUCAAAGUCCUUAAUCGUCUGAUGAGCACUUUCUUUUGGGGCGAGGUGAAUGGGAAACGUAAAAAAAAAUGGGUGGCUUGGACUAAUAUCUGUAAGCCAGUUGAGGAAGGUGGUCUGGGGUUGCGCAAUUUGGAUGAUAUGCAAAAAGCCUUGCACAUGCGGGAUGGGAACAUUUUAUUUUGGUAUGAUAAAUGGAGGGAAGAUGGUCCUUUAAUUGAUGAUUUCCAUAUUGUGGGAAACCCGCUGGUUCAAAUUAAGGAUUGUAAAAUGUCGAAUAGCUGGGAUGUGGAUUUAUUGACUAACUUAGUGGGUCAGAAUAAUGUGGAUAACAUAAUUGAGGCUUUGGCUCGUUGUAAGGGGGGAUCGGAUGUGUUGAUAUGGACGAAGCAUGAUAGUGGUAACUUCAAUACUAAAUCGGCUUGGGAUUGUAUUCGAGUUCGAGGGUCUAGCAUGGAAUGGCAUUCUUGGAUGUGGCAUAAAUCCCUUCCCCUUAAAAUCUCUAUUGCUAUGUGGAAAGCUUGGAAUAUGGCUUUGAGUGUUGACGAUCGUCUUCGACGGAUUGGUAUUCCUAUAGUUUCUCGUUGCGACUGUUGUGACGAAGGCAGUUAUGAAGAUCAAAACCAUGUCUUGUUUGAAGGGGUCUUUGUUGCAAAGAUUUGGCAUUAUUCUGGUACUAUUUUUGGUCUUCCUAUUGGUCGCUCCUGGAUGGAGACAGUGAAAGCCUGGUUUCGACGUGCUUCUUCUUCUUCUCAAGUGGGGCGUUUGGUCGGUUUUCUUCCUUCCAUCAUUACUUGGCAACUCUGGCAAAGAAGAUGUACGGCCCGUAUGGAGGGGCGUUUUGAGCCUUUCAAUUCGGUUUGGCAUGCUAUUAAAUCCUGGAUGACUUCUGUGUGUCAAGACAUGAAUAAGCUUGUGUCUUGGAAAAAACCUGCUCAAGGGUGGUUCAAGUUGAAUACAGGUGGCAGUAGCCUUGGUAAUCCAGGUUCUUCAGGGGUGGGUGGGAUUAUUAGAAAUGAUCGCGGUCAUUUGGUUCAUACUUUUUCUUCUCAUAUUGAUUUUGGUUCUAAUAAUAGAGCCGAGUUGUUAGCUCUUCUACAAGGUCUCAAAGCCUGUAAACAAUUGGGUAUACACUUGGUAGAAAUUGAAUUAGAUUCUCAAGUGGUUAUCUCAUGGUGGAAUAGGAGGAGAUGUGGUGUCUGGUAUUUGGAGGAUUUAUGGGAAGAUAUUCUUAAUAUUACUGACUCUAUGGUGGUUUAUGCUUUUUGGUAUAAUGGGUCCAAAAAAGAAGGCAAAGACUACCAUACCACACUUGCGAAGACAAUCUACAAGACUACAAGCUAUCCAUAG